AAAUAGUGAAGCUUCUCAGUUCGAAGAAACCGACUCGCCGAUGGAUCGAAAGCCACCGCUCGCAUUGUCUCCGCGGCGCCUCCGCCCACGCCGCGCGACGAACUCCAUUCCUUCGGUUCAAACCACCACCACCCCACCUGCAGCAACUGCAAAGAAAACCCAAAUCCCAAACCGCUCCUCGGUUUCCGGGAUCUCGCUGCUGCAGCCCGACUACCAUCUGAUCUCGUCGGAACUACAAGCGCUCGCGAAAAGGGCUAAAAAAGAAGAAUCUUGCGAUGCGGAGCAGCAGCAGCCGGUUAUUGGCGGUAAUCUCACAACCGCCUCGGUCACCUGCAACGCUAGCCUGCUUUUCGAAAGAGGGAGGUUCUACGAGAUCUAUUCGUUGCGAAGGAAUGAGAGGCUGAAGAGAAAGAAAGCCGAGAUCUCGGAGGAGGCGAUCGCUCAGGACCCAAAUGUCGCUGUCGAGCUGUCGAAAAAGAGGAACGCGAAGAAGGCCGAGAGCGUGAGGAAGUCGGUGCCCCCGGACUUCUCCGUGAGCCGAGUGGGUAGCUUGCGAUCGUCGGUGAGGAGCAGUAGGGAGAUGAGGAAUCUUGGCGCCGCGGGUCUCGCAGAGAAGUCUGGUGUUAUCGGCGCGAGAAUGACAACCCGGUCCGGCCGGAAGAUAUGAAUUCGAAGAGAAUUAUUCAUGCUUCUACUAGGAACAACAAUAGAUUUGUGAUUUGUUACAGGGGUCUCUGAUGUUCUUUAUUUGUUCAUGUUGCUCUGUUAUGCUGAGAUUACUUUCAUUGUUAGUUUUGCACACGGCUUGGUUCCGUAUUUGCUAUAGAUAGUGUCGAUACAACGUGAUUUGAACAUUUGUCGAACUUCGCUAGUGAUAAAAUCCAAAUCGAUACAAGAUUUAAUGCACUUGUUCUGCCAAAUAUUCUUCUAUUAGUACCAUCACGAUUCGUCUCAA